AUGGACGCAGCGUGCAACUUCCCCGAGAUCCUGGCGCUCGACCUGGAAACAGCCGAGUCGCUCUUCCCGUCGAACCGAAUGACCUCCGGUGCUCCGCGGCCCAUGGACGCCAUUUUUGAGUCCCAGAGCAUCCAGGACUUGGGCUUGGACCUGGGUCAGCUCAACCACAAGCUCAACAACCUGAGCCUCGAAGAGGCGAGCAGCAUUUUGGACAGUCUCGGCAAUCUGAGCGCACUGAACAACCUCAACAACCUCAACAACCUCAGUAGCCUCAGCAACCCGGCCACGAUCGCUUAUGCGUCGUCCCCUCGCAAAUUUCUACCUAGCAAAACGCCGUCUUCCGGCCAAAAUCAUAAACAUAACCAACCGGCCCAUCAGGACCACCACACCCGUUCCAAAUCGACUACGCACGCCAUUCCCAACGAUCUGGCCUCGUAUCUGCGCCAAUCCCAGCACCAGCACCAGCACCAGCACAGGGGAGAGUUCAGCAACUCUGAUGACGCCGCAGAUACGCGCCUCAGUCAAAGACCAACAACGGCCGGCGGCAUCGCCGACCACGACCGCGACCGUGGCAACAGCCCAGGACCUGUCUUUUCCAUAUCGCGAUCUAAAAUCAAGCAGCACGGCCCGCCUUCAUACUCCUCGUCUGCUGUGCCUCGUUACGCUGCGGGUACGACUGUGAACCCCAUAGCUGUAGCCACCCACCACCAAGAACCGGGACACAACACCACAGGCGAGUGGGACACAGACAGUGUUGACAGCUUCGAGUUGCCCAACAUUCGCUUGUCGCGCCGAAACGGAGGACCAGGAGAGGGUGUCAGUGGCCAAGGUCGAGGUGGACAAGGCAGUGAGUCCAAGUCGUCGCCUGCGCCGCAACUGUCCAUGCACGAGCGUGUCCAGCACCAGGAAGACGAACAGAUCCAGCACUGGAAACAGCUGCAGCAGCUCAAACAACUCCGCCAGCUCCAACAACUCCAACAACAACUGCAGGAGAAGCAGCUGCUGCAGAGCUUGCUGGAGAAACAGUUGAUGCUGCAGCAGAAGCAGGAGCAGAAGCUCAUGGCAAGUCACAAGGACAAGGAAGAGGACAACACCCACCUUGAACAGAAGGAACAAAGCCAGCCGCAGGUCACCAGGGAAAGGGACAGCGUUCGAAAAGAGCAGACCGACGACACCCCGUCGCACUUUCCGCAGCAGACUCAAACGCACCUUCCCGCACACACGACGCCGCUCCUUCCCCAGCAGAAGCAGCAGAAGCAACAGAUGCAACAGAAUCACCUCUCUGUUGACGCCCCCAGCAAUUACGGCCACCGCGAUAGCUACGGUAGUCUCUACGACUCCUACAACUACGGCUACCACCGCUACAGCCACGACUCGAACCGCUCCAACAUCUCCGCCAUCACCAACACAGACAUCGACGACGGUGCUAGCAGCAUCGCUGGCGGCGGAGGAGGAGGAGGAGGAGGCCCGCGCGGCCGCCAGCAGUCGGUCGUCACCAUGGCCACGUCCGUCACCUCGUCUGGCGGUCCGGGGUGCCGCUUCUCGUCGCAAUCGACGCGCACCACGCCGUCGGCCUUGGGUCAGUAUGCCAAGAGCGGCCUCGCUGGCUCGCAGCGCGAGUCCGUUGCCACGACCGCAUCGUCAGGCGACCGUCACGUCGAGUUCAGCCUCGACACCAGCCGGCGCGGUAGCACCAAGGCCAUCUCCGACAGCACAUCGGACGGCAGCGUUGACGCGGCGAGUGGCGUUCAGGAGGAGAACGCCAGCAAGGCCAAGAGCGCCCAGGACAAGGAAUAUGGUCGGCCCCUGAGCCGCAACAAGUCGACCAGUCGUGAAGGUGCCGUCUCACAGUCUAGUUGGAUGCGUUUUGACGACGACAAUGACGAUGACGGCGCCGACUCCGACAAGGAUGAGACGUACAGUGACAUCAAGAACAUGACCGGCGUCAGCAGCAACCGCCCUGCAUCCCACGUCGACUCCGCGGCCGAACCUAAAAGCAUCGCCGUCUCUCCUGUGAACUACGGAGGCCUUCCCCAGCGACCCAAGACGGCCGUCGGCCCCAUGAACGAUGCACCUGCCACCGAUUUCCGUGCGAUCAACGAUCGCGCCGCCGAGAAGCAGAACGGUCAGAAGAUUCAGACUUCGAACGUCCCGGAUGAGCCAGUAUCAUCAACGUUCACCGGCGUGCCCCAGCGUCGCUCCUCCCUCAGCCACCAAGAUCGGAGAGCUUUGCCGUUCCGGGAACACGACUCUGAACAGCAAAACAAGGCUCACCAUAGCCAUGAACACAAGCUUCGGCAUUUCCUGUCCUUUAGCGACGUGUCUGUCUUCAGUGACGCGCCUCGUGGUAGGAGAGCCGAGGCACUGAAUGACCGUCCCCGAACGAGCUCCUCAUCUCAAUAUCAGAUGCGGCCUGACUUUGCCGUCACGGAACGCCGCAGCCGCUUUGAUACAGACAGCAUUGUAGACCAUGAGGAGCCUCCUGUCUUACUGGAGAAGACCGUCUACCGCAAGCCCGUUGCACGGACACGCACGCCUCUCGACAUGCCACCCAUUAAGAAGGCAGCUCACAAGCCCACCCCGAGUGAGCACCUCGUUCGCCGUGGUCGCGAAGUCUUUUCCGUUACUCGCAGUGGCGCCAAUGAGAACGUUGGCGACAACACCCACGACGCGAGCGAACAGCCUUUUGUCGAGCCGCUCCUUGUCAGCCAGUUUGACGACGACAGCGACGCCGACCAUCACACAGGUGCCGCUUCUGGUCACGACGACGACGACCGCGAGAUCGAAAAGCAUCUGGCCGAAAACGACGCUGAUCUCUUUGGUGACUUUGAGGGGGCCUACAACUACGACGAGGGCCAAGACAAGAUCAUGCUGGCGACCAUGAUGCCCUUUUCCAAGCAGCCGCCGCGCUCCGUCCGCUCCAUUCGGUCGGUGUCACCGGGCCGCCCGCUUGACGCGCUACCAGAGCUCCACGAACGCCCUGCCAUUGCAUCCGUGGCCGCUCUCGUGGAGAACCCUGAAGAGACGUCGUCGCACCUGCAGUCAUGGAUCGAGCACGCGUCGAAGAGCCAGCUUGAGUUGGCACAGGAGCAGCAGCAGCAGCAGAAGCAACAUAGUCGUUCUGCUGUCCCUCGCAAGCGGGAAACUAUCUACGACGACGACGAGCAGCAUGCGGACGAGGCACGCGACGUCGUGCCCGAAGCGAUUGAGGCGCCAAAUGUCCGCCCAAGAACAGCCCCCAACGCCGCCGCACCGGAAGCUGCCUUCUCCAGUGCCGCUGCCACAACGGGCCAGUACGAGCUACAGUCGGCUCUACAGCAGGCCCAGCCCGUCCCGCUUCAGUUCUUCUCACAACCGGGCACCGUCGGCAUUCCCCUGCCACGUGAAGUCGUCGACACGCUUCGUGUCUCUGUCUCUUGCUUUCCUGAGACUAUGCUCAAUCUGUCGAGCUUCUCUAUCCAGACCAUCCGCACCUACUCGCGCAAGGUCCGCCGUUGCAGCCAGACCGAUGCCGACAGCACUUACCGUCUCCUGAUGGCGCCCCAGUUGCCAGGAGCCCUGCCUCCGAGCCCGACGUCCAUGGCACACGGCAUCCCGCCACUGUCGCCCACGUCGCCCACCAGCAUGUCGUUUGACCUUGGGACGGGCGUCUCGCGGUCCAUGACGGCUCCUUCGUUGGCAUCGAACUCAUCGCACCGCUUCUGGAAACUGCCCAAGAAGAUUGCCAACAACACUCGUUCCGCCGCACCCAACUUGCACCUGUUUACCAACUUCCGGUCGUCAAACAGCUCUAGCAGCAUUGGUGGCCUCAACGGUAGCUCCAACAAAGAGUACCCAGCAUCUCCAACCGCGAGCAUGACCCCUUCGAUGCCGCGCCUGUCAACCAAUGGCCGUCGUGGCAGUAGUCGCACCGAGAACAACUUCAUGUCAAUGUCCGGCGGUGGCACCGCCGAAGGCGACCAGCAGGGCAAGGCCAGCUUCCUCUCCCUGAAGCGCAUCUUCCCCACUGGCUCUGACUAUCUGUGCGAAGCAUUGUAUGCCCACAUUAUUGCCUUCAACUACAUUAGCCUCCUGUGCCCGCCGCCGCCUUCAGCAGCGUCCGAGGAUGCUGCGGCGGAGGUCGAUGUUCGCGUCGUCCCUGGUGUCGCCCAACCGUCUUCGAGUGAUCCUGUCACGACUUCCCACACCAUGACGACGGUGGCCUCCUCGGCGACUCUGUUUGAGACAACCCAGCAACAGCGUCGUCAGACGAUUCGUGUCUACGUUGGCUCCGAUGUGCCUCUCCCAGCCAUGUCAGAUGAUGGUCCCUCGCCGAGCGACCAUGGCACGCGGUCACGGCACCAGCCGCUCGAGGAACUGGACGAGAUGCGCCUCAAUGCCAACACAUCCUCUCGCCUGCUGUCCAUGUCGUCGUCGCGGCCGCCGUCGCGCGGGUACAGCGCCCACGGCGACAACGAUGACGGUCGCAUGAUCUCGCGCAAGGCUGCUCUCCUCUUGGGCAUCACUGAGACUCUGGAACCAGAGACGGCCAGCAUGGGCAGUCUCAGUACCAUCAACGGCCACGGUCGUGGCAAGCAGCCGUCAACAGCCUCGGGUGGUGCGUCUGAGCUCUCGUCGCCGACGUCACUACGCAGCAGCAGCUUGGUCCGCCGUUACAACUCGAUGCGCCGUCGCAUGGCCCAGUCCAUUUCGGAGUCAGCUGAGGCAGCUGCAGCAUCAGCGGCUGAUCCCAAUGACCAUUCCUUUGCGGCCCGAGCCAGCCGUGCUGCUGUGGCGUCCAAGAUGAUUAUGAAGUCUCUACCGGGCAGCAUAAGUGGCAACAGCAACAAUAGCAAUAACUCCAAACCAAAGUCGGUCGAAAUUAGCAAGCCGUUUUACGAGGCCGAGGACGUGUCCAUCCCGACCGAAGGCGUCCCCGCUACGGUUGCUGCUGCUACUGCUGCUGCAGCGGCUACCGCCGCUUCUGAUGCGUCGAUGCGCGACCUCCACGCUGGGCUGCACGCCUGCAUCAGCCAGCUGGUUGCCACGAUGAAGCUGACGACUGGGCAGCUGGGCAACACGCUGCUCAACACCGAGGCCGCGCGUGCCAUUGACCCACUGUUCCUGCGCACGCUGUGCGAGUUGGUGCGCUCACAGGAAGAGCAAUUUUAG